AGAAGAAGAAGGAGGAGGGGAGGAAACGGGAGGGAGAAAACACAGGCUGAAGGGAGAGAAGGGGUAGACUUUUAGAGAGACAGGAGAGUAAACCACACAGUGUUCAGUUACCGGAGCUCCGAUAUGUCUGGUUUUAGACGAGCGAGGUGGCUUUAAGUUUUAGGACCUGCCGCCGACCUCGGGGGAGGAAGGGCCCGGCAGGCCAGUGGGGACGGGAGCCAUAGCAUGGGACACACUGCUAGCAGUGAGACAGUGGCCCAGCAACAAGCUACACACAACACCGACGAUGAGGUCGACCUGCAACAAGGCAAUAAAGGAAGCGAAGAAGGAAGCUCUAGUGGGGGAUCGCCACAAACCAAACGCAAAGGAAAGUUCUCCAAGAUGGGACGGAUCUUCAAACCCUGGAAAUGGAGAAAGAAGAAGCCGAGUGACAAGUUUACUGAAACAUCAAUAGUCUUGGAAAGAAGGAUUUCUGUCCGAAAAAGCCGCCAAGAGCUGAUUGCCAGAGGGGUUUUAAAGGAUAUUCCAGAAAGUGAAAACAAUGAUGUCAACCACUCCAAAGGUCCACCAGUCAAAAAUGGACACCCUGUGGACGUGGACAGGAUGUCUCGAGGGGAAUCCGACGCCAAGUUGAAUUCCCUCCGGGUUCCUCAAGCCGAGGAACGUCGAGGCAGAGCGCCGUCCGACGCAUCCCGGAGUAACAGAGCACCUCUGGACGUGGACUCUCACGCUCGACUUCCUGUGGAGCCAGACAGGAGAAGCCGACUCCCAUCCGAUGUUGAUAAGAGAGGAGGAUCGUUACCCCGAGGACCUCCACAGGACGAUAGGUACCGUAGAGAAGAGAGGAGGGAUGGGAAAGACGACCGGGAAGACAGGGGGAGGAAGAACCGCGAAGACGUAGAAAGAAGGGAUUGGCGAGAUGAAAAGGAAAGAGAUGGUGGAGUCGACCGGAGGGAUAGGCGAGAUGACAGACGAGAUGACCGGACAGAAAGAGACAAUAGGGAAAGGAAAGAUCGCGAGGAGAAGGAAAGAAAGGAUAGGGAUGAGCGGGAACGCCGGGAUCGGGACGAGAAAGAACGCAGAGAUCGUGACGAGAGGGAAAGGAAAGACAAGGACGAAAGAGAAAGGAAAGACCGGGAUGAAAGAGAACGGAAAGACCGGGACGAGCAGGAUAAGGAUAGGGAUCGGCGGGCUGAGAGGGAAAAGAGAGAACAUAGAGACGACAGAAAAGACGACAAGGAGAGGAAAGAUGAUAGGGAUAGGACGGAGAACCGAGAGAGGCGGGAGGAUCGGGACAAAAGGGACGACUGGGCCAAGAGGAACGAUAGAGAGCGAAGGGACGAGCGGGAUAAGAGGGAAAAGCCGGAGCCUCAGCGCUCGGUGGACGACCCUCGGCCCAUCGCCAAGCCCUCCUCUGAGAUGGACUUGCGGCCUCCUCUGCAAAAAAUUUCCUCGGAGGAAAACAAGAAGAUCCGGUCCUCCUCGGAGGCCGAUAAGAGGUUCACUCUGCCCAGAUACUCACCGGCUGCAGAGUUCAGGGAACGCUCAGAGUCCGCUGGUGUCCGCUUCGUCUCAGAACCUCGUCCAGAACCUCGUCCAGUAGCAGACCCUCACCCAGACUCUCACCCGGACCCUCUCCCGACCCGACAGGCUCUUCUUCCCCCGAAGUUCCUCACAGACUCGGGCAGGAGUCCAACACCUUCCUCCUCUUCAUCAUCCUCCUCCUCCACCUCUUCCAUUUCCUCUGCUGCUGUAGCUGUGGCCAAGCCCCCGAGGACGGUCUCCCUGUUGAUUGAAGAUCCUCCGAGACUUCCUGACUCCGAGACUCCGCCCCCCGUCCCCCCCCACGCCAAACAGCCGCCCGUCCCUCCACCCAAACCCACCAACCGCAACAGCACCCUGCUCGCCUCGUCCCUGAGCACAGUCUGCCAGGCUGAGCCCUCCUGCAGAUCCUGGAGCAGCCUCUACCUCUCGCUGCCCGUCUACCUGAGACACAGAGGGGCUCACACCUGCUCAGCCGAGCACUCGCAGCCUGGCAGUGCUUUCAUCACAGUGCCAGCCCCCGCUAAGCGCUCGCCCCCGACGCCGCCAAAGAGGAUGACCCCCGUCACAAAGCGCCAUUCUGUGGACCCCUCGGCCCCCGAUAAGGACCCCUCUCCCCCCGUCGCUGACCCAGCCUCUGCACCGCCGCCCCCUGCUGUCCAUAGAGGAGAACACACAGAGGAGGUCUCAAACACUCCCCUCAGUCCCUCUGAAAUGCUGCCUUUCCCGCCCGCCCACAUCCCUCCAUCCCCCCCCAGGGUUCAUUCCCUUCAGCACCCCCCCUCCACCGUUCCCACGGUGCAGACUGACCCCCCCAGCCCCACCACGAAGCCCCCCAGCCAGCCUCCAGCCAUCCCCCUGCACAUCCUGAUCCAGAGAGCGCUGAACAGCCCCGGCCUGUCCCAGCCCCACCCUGAGGGGUCCCAGAGAGCCCACUCCCUGCUGUUUGAGUCUCCCCCAGACUUCCUCUCGGAGGCAGGGCCCACCAGGAACUCCCUGCCCAUCACCAUCGAGCCCCUCAGGCUGCAAGACGACGAUGACUUCGACCUGGAGGAGGAGAUGAGGAAGCUGCACCCCACCCGGCCCCCCCGCCAGCCGGAGCUGGAGCCUCGCAGCCGGAGGGGCUUGGUGGACCUGAGGGUCAGCGUGAUCCCGGAGGGGGGGGGGCCCGACAGCGAGGAGGAGAGCGACUCCGACGGCCCCAUCCUGUACCGAGAAGACGACGACGAAGAAGACGACGACGAUGAGGAAGGGCCCCCAAGUGGUCUGGCGAGUCGUGUGAAGAGGAAGGACACGUUGGCGCUGAGGCUGGAGCGGCAGGAGCGAGAGGAGAGAGAGGAGAACCAGGAGAACCAGGACAUAAGCUGGCAGAACCGAGAACAGUGGAUGGCCGUCAGGAACAAGAUCGGAUCCGCACUCACACGGCGGCUGAGUCAGAGGCCGUCAGCCGACGAGCUGGAGCAGAGGAACAUCCUUCAAGCCAAGAACGAAGACGACCGGCGAUUAGAGCGAUGUGAGAUCAAACGGAGGCUCACCAGAAAGCUCUCUCAGAGACCCACGGUGGCCGAGCUCGAGGCGAGGAAGAUCCUCCGUUUCCAUCAGAACGUGGAGAGCACGCACGCACACGAGUACGACCGGAGAGCCGAUAAACCGUGGACCAAGCUCACUCCUGCCGACAAAGCUGCCAUCCGUAAAGAGCUCAACGAAUUCAAGAGCUCCGAGAUGGAGGUUCACGAAGAAAGCAGGAUCUACACCCGGUUUCAUCGGCCUUAGCUGCUAAUGCUAGCCAGUAAAGCACUUAGACGGAGGAGUAAAAAGCCUGUGGUCCGUUAAUAACUGACUGCAUGCUAACCUGCUAACAGCUGGAGACACUACUGUCGCUGAUCUGAAGCUAAAGAAGCCUCAGAUCGGUUCCCCUCCUCAGACGUUCUCCGUGGAGUUCAGGACUCGAGGAGUUAGUUUGUAGGUGCGUCCAUGAUGGAGGUACCUGGUGCCAACACUGAAUGAAAGAUUGGGAACACACCCCACACACACACCUCCCGAAACACACCCCAGAAAGACUGACUGCUGGAGGGUGAUCACCUCCGGGGAAACGCCUCCCCACGCCUUCACCUGCCUUCUUCUACUUCCUUCUGAGGGAAGACUAUGCACAUAGAGAUCUUUGUAGCUCCUAUUAAAGGAAUCAUUCACCCACAAAAUGAUUAUGAAUUACUCACCUUUAAGUUGUUGAAGAAAUCACAUGCUUUACGGUGAACGAAGACAACAAGACAAUGAGAAAUGUACGGUUUCCCAACACUAAAAUUAUACCGAAACAUCCAAACUCUCAUUCAUAUUUUUUGCAGUAUAAACCAAGUCUCGUUUAUUUUGUAGUAUUGAUGUUUUCGUACAUUUAAGCUGUUAUUAAACCACUUUCAUUUACUUCAAUGUAUCAAUAAUUAUCCUAGUUGUUUAACUCUUCGAUUCAAUAUCCCAUUAUCGAUAUUGGUGCUUCACUAUAAGAUUCUUGAUGAACAAGAAUACAUGAUGUUGAAAAAUGGAUAAAGGCGAACAAUCAAGAGCUCGAACAGUGAUACAUUUAUUUUACAGCCAAUUUAAAACCAAUACAUUUACAACAUAUUAUAAAAUACAAAAUACAGAUACAACAUUGAUAUAUUCCCCAGCCUUAUGAAAAGUAACAGUUUUCUACAAGAAUUCAAGGUUUAGAGGGGAAUUAAUUGAUAUUAUUUUGUGGGCAAAUAAAUCCUUUAACACCCUUAAUGGUACCACUAAACGAAUGUGUUUGAAACUGGCUAUAAGUGCGUGUUCGGUACUACAAAUACCUGCCUUACUCCUCACAGGAUCUCAUGUAAUGUGAACGACAGCAGUGUGUUUCUUAUUUAAACUCUUUGAAUCCACAUGUGUGUGAGUAGACCCUCAGAGCGCUGAUUCCUAAUUAAUAUGUGUGCAUUUUGUACUGUAUUUUUGUCAUUUAAAUGAUUCUCAUGGAGCACAUGUCACUAGGUUUUUUUUUUCUUUCUAAUAAGGCACUUUAUGUUCCUUAAAUUGGGUGUAUAGAAAAAAGAAAAGAAAGUCUAUAAAUCGAUGUUUAUAUAAUUGAAUUAUCCGAGCGGGAAAAUGUACAUAUUUUUAUUUUCCUGGCUGUUUUAUUGGUACUUUAUAUAUGCAAGUCCCCCUGUAGGCUGCAAUUGUAUAGAUCACCUCUGUAGAUGUGAUUAUAUUGUACAUCCUCAGUAAUGCUGACAUGUUUUAAUUGUAAAGUAUUUCUCUAAUGUUAUUUCCAAGUAGUAAUGGUACAACGUGGUUUUUUUUUUUUUAUACAGACGGAGAUCUUUAAAAUGUUUUUUUUUUCUUUGCAAAGCACACUGUAUAAAUGAACAAUCCACUCAGUCAUUAAAAUAGCCUGUGAUUUUCAUUUCAA